CAGGCUGCGUUUCCCCAAUGCCUCCAGUCCAUGUUCACACUGCAUGAUCCAGUAUCAAACAAAAUAUAUAUCGUCUCGCGCUCGUCACUUAAUUAACAUGUCCGCAUGAUGGCAACUCUUCCCUCGCCCGUACAUCUACUCAGGACUCGGGAUCUCAGACCGCAAGAUGCUCGUCAAAUACUACCUCGCGGUCAUUGUCCUGACCGUUUCGGGAGCAAAGGCAAAAGGCAAAUGCUCAGUACCUGAAACGGAUGACCCGAGUUACUCGUCAUUCGAGCAGCUCGUUAUGGUUGAGCGUUGCGGGUCCAUGUGUUGAAGCCGUGAGCACACGUUUCGCCGGUUGCCUCGAUACGGCGCAUCUCGGUCUCAACUGCGCGUAUCAAAGCUCAGAGCAAGCCUGCUAUGACAUUCUGUGCCCGACGGGACACUGGAUCGACACGCUUCCCGAAACUAGAAGCGCAGAAAUUGAAUCCUUCCUCAAUACCCAAUGUCCCUCAACCUCGGUUAACGGUCAGCCGCCAUGGACCAGUUACUGUCCCGAGGGGGUUCGGACCUAUCCGGGAGCGGUCUACCACACGGCCACGGUUACCGCCGGCGGAUACGCGGUAACUGCUGAGCCGACACGUAUAGAGUCGAAUCGUGAACCGAAUCAGAGACCUAACCCGAACGGUGCCUCGAGGAAAGACGGACUUCAAGUUGGAUUGGCUGCCGCCAUUGCUGUGGUGCUUCUGGGAAUGGCUAUGUGAGAGUAUACCUAUGGGCAGCUAAGGGAAUCAUGCAUGAGUCCGACUGAACUUGGAACCACCGGGAUAGGGAGAAUGGUUAUAAUGACUGAAGUGGUGCAUGUGUCAGUGUCACUGGUAACCGAUGCCCUUGGACAUUGUCGGAUUCUAUGAGGUUGUCAGAACAUGUCAACUAGUGCAUGCAUUUGGAGUUGUGUGAUAAUUGAG